AUGAGGGAUGCUCUUUCUCGGCUUCGGCCGCACAGCAAUGUUCCUGUCGUGGAACCAGAAGUGGACGAGAAGGCCGCCAGCGACAAGGAGGCCAAUGUCGUCAAUACCGAGGGUGUCAAGGAAUCUGUCGCUGACGACUCAGAUGCCAUCUCGCUCGAUGCUCAGCGUGGUGUGCAGGAUAUCGAGGCCCUGACCAAGGUGUGGACGAAACAGGACAUUAUUUUGGCAUAUGUCACUAUCUGGAUCAUCUACUUCGUCGAUGCGAUGCAGCAGAACAUGACCAACAGUCUGCUGCCCUACGUCACGAGUGCCUUCUCUGCCCAUUCGCUCACCCCUACCGUCUCGAUCUUUGCGUACCUGAUCUCCGGCCUGUCCAAGUUGCCCCUUGCCAAGAUUCUCGAUAUCUGGGGUCGUCCACAGGGUUUCAUCCUCAUGGUGAUUUGCCUGACAAUCGGUCUCGUCUUGAUGGCUGCAUGCCAAAACGUCGAAACAUAUGCGGCCGCUCAAGUCUUCUACUGGGUUGGCUACAAUGGCGUCACCUACUCGAUCUCCAUCUUCGUUGCCGACACCUCGUCCCUCAAGAACAGAUCUCUGAUGUUCGCCUUUGCCUCUUCCCCCUACAUCAUUACCGUCUGGGUUGGUGGGCCCCUUGCGGACGCUUUCCUUUAUGGCCCUGGUUGGCGAUGGGCUUUUGGCGCUUUUGCCAUCAUCACUCCUGUCAUGUGCGUUCCCUUGUUGGCCCUCUUCUACAAGAACUACAAGAAGGCCAAGGCCCUUGGUGUCAUGCCGGAGAGAAACUCUGGGCGCACUUGGCUCGAGAGCUUCAAGUAUUACGCGAUCGAGUUCGACGUCUUUGGGCUCUUGCUCAUCAUUGCCGGGUUGGCACUGUUUCUUUUGCCCUUCAACAUUUACUUCUACCAGGCCGACGGAUGGGCCUCGGCCACCUGCAUUGCCAUGCUCGUCGUGGGCUUUGUCCUCUGCGUCGCCUUUGCAGUGUAUGAGAAGUGGUGGGCGCCCAAGACCUUCAUCCCUUAUGAACUCCUCACCGAUCGGACUGUUCUCGGUGCCUGUAUUCUUGCCGGCAACCUGUUCAUCUCCUUCUACAUCUGGAACAGCUUCUUCGGCUCCUUCCUUCAGGUGGUCAGUGGCUUGGACAUCACCAGGGCCAGUUACAUCCAGAACAUCUACAGCAUUGGGUCCUGCUUUUGGUCACUCGUUGUCGGUGUGCUGAUCCGCUGGACUGGCCGGUUCAAGUGGUUGGCCUUGUACUUUGGCGUUCCCGUAACCAUUCUCGGCGUGGCCCUCAUGGUUGUGUUUCGCCAGCCAGAUUCCAACAUUGGAUACAUCGCGAUGUGCCAGAUCUUCAUUGCAGUUUCUGGCGGCACGUUGGUAAUUUGCGAGCAGAUGGCUGCCAUGGCUGCCACCACCCAUCAGUACAUCGCUGUUGUCCUGGCCAUCGAGGCCAUGUUUGCCAACGUUGGUGGCGCCAUUGGCGGCACCGUCGCCACCUCUAUCUGGGGCACUGUCUUCCCUAGGAGCUUGAACAAGUUCCUGCCCGAGGCCGAGAAGGCCAACGUGUCGCUCAUCUUCUCCGACCUCAAGACCCAGCUCGACUACCCGUGGGGCAGCGAGACGAGAAUUGCCAUUCAAGAUUCGUAUGGCGAUGCUAUGAGGUACAUGAUCAUUGCGUCGGCCGUCAUUCAGGUCAUUUCGAUUGUUUCGGUGGCUGUUUGGAGGGAUAUCAAGGUGAAGGAUUUCAAGCAGGUGAAGGGCAAUGUCAUUUAA